UGGAAACAGGUCUGAGCAGAGCUGAGGGAUUGACACAAAUGGUCAGACUGAGAGAGUUGCAGGAUGUUGGAUUUCGUGUGGCGUGUUUAAAAUCUGAUUUCUGCUAGAAAUUUCUUGGAGAGGAGGAUACGAGAACAGAGAGAGCCAGCGAAUGGCCAGGAGUUGAUGUUGGGAAAGUUUAACUCAGACAGCGAACGGAACGGGAGAGAAAAAGAGUCAAAGAAAGAAGUCGGAGAAGUAGUUUUAAAAAAAUAAACGGCAAAAAGUAUGGCUGAGCAUAAUCGCUUUCAUAAACUUAGUCGGAUGCUAUUGCCGACAUUAUCUUUACUGAUUUUAGGACUUUGUGGGUCUCGUGGGCAGUACGGGGACCGCGGACUUUCUGUCCCAGAGCAUGGAUUUUGUCAGCCUAUUUCUAUACCACUUUGCACGGAUAUCGCCUACAACCAGACCAUCAUGCCUAAUUUGCUGGGGCAUACGAACCAGGAAGAUGCCGGGCUAGAAGUUCACCAGUUUUACCCGCUCGUAAAAGUUCAGUGUUCCCCAGAUCUGAAGUUUUUCCUGUGCUCUAUGUAUGCACCGGUUUGUACCGUGCUAGAGCAAGCUCUCCCACCGUGCAGAUCCCUUUGCGAGAGAGCGAGACAGGGCUGCGAGGCACUGAUGAACAAAUUCGGCUUCCAGUGGCCUGAUAGCUUGGCAUGUGAGUCUUUUCCCGUUCACGGAGCUGGCGAGUUGUGCGUGGGACAGAACAAGUCCGAUAAAGGCAGCCCCACACACAAACCUAACGAAUCUGUACCAGAUGAAAUCAUAACCGAUAAGUAUCCCAGGGACCACUUCACAUGCCCACAGUUUUUGAAAGUCCCCACGUAUUUGAACUACCACUUUAUGAGGGAGAAAGACUGUGGCGCUCCCUGCGAGCCUUUAAUAUCCAACGGAAUGAUGUACUUCAGUCAGGAAGAGCUAAAGUUUUCCAGGAUUUGGAUAGGGAUUUGGUCUGUUUUGUGUUGUGCUUCCACUUUAUUUACUGUCCUCACCUACUUGGUUGACAUGAAGAGGUUCAGUUACCCCGAGCGCCCCAUCAUUUUCCUGUCUGGCUGUUACACCAUGGUGGCUAUAGCCUACAUUGCUGGAUUUCUGCUGGGGGAUAAAGUGGUUUGUAAUGACAAGUUUAACGAUGACGCUUACAGAACAGUGGCCCAGGGCACCAAGAAAGAAGGCUGUACCAUCUUGUUUAUGAUGCUGUAUUUUUUCAGCAUGGCAAGCUCUAUCUGGUGGGUCAUCCUAGCCUUGACUUGGUUCUUGGCAGCAGGGAUGAAGUGGGGGCAUGAAGCUAUUGAAGCCAACUCGCAGUAUUUUCACUUAGCGGCAUGGGCUGUGCCAGCUAUCAAGACCAUAACUAUUUUGGCAGUGGGGCAGGUGGAUGGAGACGUCCUCAGCGGGGUUUGUUUUGUGGGGAUCAAUAAUGUGGAUGCCCUGCGAGGAUUUGUCCUGGCACCCCUCUUUGUCUACCUUUUUAUUGGCACCUCGUUUCUGCUAGCAGGCUUUGUUUCAUUGUUUCGGAUCCGAACAAUAAUGAAGCACGAUGGCACGAAGACUGAGAAGUUGGAGAAGCUCAUGGUUCGGAUAGGCAUUUUUAGCGUCCUCUACACUGUCCCUGCUACUAUCGUCAUUGCUUGCUAUUUUUACGAACAAGCCUUUCGGGAACAGUGGGAGAAAAGUUGGCUUAGCCAGACCUGUAAGACCUAUGCGAUCCAUUGCCCUCCCAACAACUAUCCACACAUGACUCCAGACUUCACAGUCUUCAUGAUUAAGUAUCUCAUGACCUUGAUUGUGGGGAUCACCUCAGGGUUUUGGAUUUGGUCAGGUAAAACACUAAAUUCUUGGAGGAAAUUUUACACAAGACUGGCAAAUAGUAACCAAGGGGAAACAACAGUGUGAAAUCAUUUUGCUGUUAAGUCCCUUUUUUGUUUUUUUGUAAACAAAGUGAAGAAUAUAUUUCUUUUUUUUUUUUUUUUUUUUUUUUUUUUUGGACUGAGUCGUUUUAUACUGAAUGUUGUAAAUAACAUCUGUAAGAUUUUUGUAAGUAUAUAUUUGUAUUUAAAAAACGAACAACAUGGAAAACAAACAAACAAAAAAAAAAAUGAAACGGAAUACUUUCAACAAUUAACCGAUCAAGUCAUAUAGUCGGUCCAACUGGAGCUGAUGCACACGAACAAAAGUGGGGCAUACGUCAAACUUCAAAGUAGAUAAUUGUGCCUACCAGCGUGACUGUCUUACAGUUCAAAAACUGGAUAAAUGUGGACCCGGAAGAACCUAUUAUUAUUAUUAUUAUUAUUAUUAUUAUUAUUAUUAUUAUUAUUAUUAUUUAUUAUUAAUCUUGCAAAAGACUAGUUCUUACUUUGGGUCCUAAUGCCUUCUGAUGUAAAAUGCUGAAGCAUGUUUUAAGUAAUUUAAAAUACGUGAAAGAGUGCUUGGAACACCGGUCAGUAUGUAUUUAAAUGUGCAUUUUAAAAAACCAUUCAAAGGAGAGAGACCUUAUACUUCAGUAUAAUUUUGAGAUGGGUAUAAUCAACUACACGCUGCUCAGUUUAUUCCUUAUCACAAAGCAUACUGCAACAACAUUGGAGUAUCAUGCUAAGGUUCAAUUUUUUUUAUCAAAUGUAAGACAAAGUAAAAAAAAAAUAUUUUUAGAAAGGAAGCAAUGGCACUGAACAGUAAUCUGUUCCUUCAACAAAGUUGUUUCUUUUGCUAGUUUUGUACAAUUAACAUUGUUUUAUUCUCUCGAAUGCCCAUGGUUUUCCACUAGUUCAGAACAGAUCCUUGAACCAUUAAACCAUUAAAUUUGUUUAAAUAAAAAUGUAGUAUAUUUUGACAGAUCCAUCCUUCAAAAAAAAAAAAGAACACAACCCACAGUGCAAUAUGAAGACAUGUUUAAACUGAUACAAUUUAUAUCUGUAGAUCUGUUUUAAUACAGUAUUUUGGAUUAUGAUAUAAAGGGAAAAAAAUAACAAUAGUUCAUAGAGGCACCAAGGGUAGCAGGAUUCCAAUAUUUGACUAUAAUAACUUCAUUUUUGCCUCUUAUACAAUAUUAGUUGUAUUUUUUUUCAUGUAAUAUAAAAUAUUUAUGCUUUUGAACAGAAAAUUGAACACAAUUGUGUUGAGUCAUUUUAUUAGCACAGUUCAGCUGCUUUUUUUAUUUAAAUGUUUUUGUUAUUUGUAUAAGGUGGUGGCUAAUUGUCCAGCUGCACUUGUCAUUAAGAGGCCACCAGAGCAGCUGAAAUACUAUGAGGUGGACAGAUGGAAAAUGGCUGUUUCAAAGGGUAAGGCUAUAAAAAGCGCACUAGAAAUGUAAUGUAUAGCACUCUUUUUUUGCAUUUCUAUUAGCUGACAGUUCCAAAUUUGACUGUAUUUUUUUUCCAUCAAUUUCAAUGCAGUCAUUUAUUUUUAAGGAAUGUUAAAUAUCCGUCUUCCAAAAGGAAUAAAAAAAAAAUCUAA